AUGGGAGUAGGAAACGCAGCAUGGAUUUUAAUGUCUAUGGUAUCUUCUACAGCUCUGAUUAUGACAAAUAAAUAUAUUAUGAAUACAUAUCAUUUCAAAUGGGCUAUUACACUUUCAGCUUACCAUUUCUUUUGCACAUACGUUUUAUUAGAGAUAAUGUGCAGAUUACAUUUGUUUGAACGUGCAACUCACGUACCUGCCAGUGCUCGCUGGAAUAAUGCUUUCUUCAAUGUUUGCGGAAUCGUUUUCAUGAACUUUAAUCUUAACAAAAACUCUGUUGGCUUUUAUCAACUUUCGAAGCUAUGCACAAUUCCUGUUAUGGUUUUAGCAAACUAUAUCUUUUACGGAAAGAAGACACCAUUUCGUACAUUAUGCUGCUUAGCUGUUCUCUUAGUAGGUAUUGCUAUGUUUACCAUUAACGAAGUUAGCGUAAACUACCUUGGAUGCAUCUUAGCUAUCAUUGCAGUCGUUUUCACUACUGCUUCACAAAUGAACACAAAUAUCGCAUCAAACAAAUACAAAUGCUUUGGCCCUCCAAUGCAACACAUUACAGCUUUACCAAUGGCAGCUUUUGGCCUUAUCUCAAGCCUUUCCAUUGAAACUUUUGGAGAAAAUUCGAUUUAUUUACAUUCAUUUGAACGAACUGAAAUCAUUUUAGUCUUAUUUACAGGUGUAAUUGCGCUUGUUUCCAACGUUUGCGCCUUCGCAUUAAUCGGAAAAACAUCAGCAGUUACAUAUCAAGUUACGGGCCAUGCAAAGACCAUCAUUAUCUUCAUAAUCGGUCUUCUUUACAUGGACUCAAACGCAAAUGAGACAAGAGAACAGACAAUCAAGAAGAUUAUUGGUUUAAUCUUCGGAAUGGGCGGAACAAUCGCUUAUACAAUCUUCGAAAUGCAGGAUAAAGCAGCUGCAGCGAAGAGCAAAGAGGAGAAAAAGAGUGAUGAACAAGAACUCAAGAGCGACAGCCCAAGAACAACAGAAUUUUUACAGGUUCCAGAAAAUAUUGAUGAUUCUGAUAGUAUUGCAGAAGACAAAGAGAAAAAAGAUGAGAACCAACCAUGA